GGCCGUUACGACGGCCGUUCACCUAGGCUUUGUGGAGCCUAGAGUUUUUGUUAGAGCCCAGCAUCUGAACAGAAAGAUCGUGCCGAACAUAUCGUGGGACGACAAGCGGUGCGGUCCGAACAUAAUCAAAAUCCUAGACGUGAAGAUUCUGUAUUCGAUGCUGUACGACGCUCAACAGUCCUUUUGCAAUAUCUACAAUAAUCCUCUCUUGAUAUGGUUUGCGUCGCUCAUGAUACACGUUAUUGCUAACAUACGUAUUUUCCGGGAGGAGUCAUUGAUCGCAGGCUGCGCCUUCGUAUGUCCUCCAAUUUUGCAGGUGCUGACGCUAUGCAUGAUUUGCCAUUACACAGCCGAAGAGGCGAACAAAAUUGCUUGUAUCUUGAACGAAGUCAUGUGCACUCUCGUUAGCUCGGGCCAGACGAUGGUGAAAAUUGACACCUUCAUAUAUUUCUUACACAAUCGCGUGUCUUUUGAGGCGGCGGGGUUCUUUACAAUCGAUUUGCCACUGUUUCAAUCCUUCUCCGACAAACUCGAAACGUAUGACGACAAAGCGACACUACUGGGACAUCGGAGAGAGGACAAACACAUGUUCAUAUCGCUGUACUUCACGUAUACACUCACUAUACUAAUCAUAAAGACGUAUCUCAACUUCAGUCUGAGCAUAGAACAAGGAACAAUAGCAAUAUUAACGGUGGUAUUCGAAGACAUCAUCCCUGUUAUAAUUGGUACUUACUGCAUCUUCAUCACCGUCAUAUAUCUGGAUCUGAUACGUCAACGUUUUCGUCAUCUGAACAAGACUAUAGUGCCGAAAGUGUCGGAGUUACCGGUGACUGGAUCGCAGGGCGAGAUUACGGUUUACGAUGUGCGUUAUUUGCACGGCGUGCUCAUCGAUAGCGCGGAACUGAUAAACGAUUUGUAUGGCUUUGGCACCUUGACUACCUUUAUGUCUAUAUUAUUGGAAUUUGUCGCGGUUAUAUACCUACUCAUAGAGAAAAUGGAGAAGAACAAUAUAGCGAUACUAACGAUGUUGGAUUUAUCCUUUCAAACUAUUUACUUAUUCGCAAUGUAUCACUUCGUGGCUUUAGAGGCGAAUCGCAUCGAAGAGAGUGUAGAGAAAUAUGGGCUAUCAUUCCAAAAUACAAAAUGCCGUAUGGAUAAAAUUGAGAUGAUGCUGUAUUUUUAUCACGCGAGAUUUUAUUUCACAGCCGUCGAUUUUUUCAUUCUGGAUUUAACACUUUUCCUCUCGAUAUUUUCUACGGUCGCGACGUUUAUGACUAUAAUAAUAUAAGUUUUGCAAUAAGCUGAAAAAAUCUAUUGGAGAAAAUAAUAUUGUAAGAGAAAACUUUUAUGUAAAAAUGUAACAUAUCAUAACACACACACUUUGAUAAAAAUAACAC